AAAGGACUGGCAGAGGGUCAGAAGUGCCUUUCAGAAGAAGCUGAUGAAGCCCCGGGAGGUUGUGAAGCUGGACACGGCGAUCAAUGAGGUCCUGGAGGACUUUAUGUACAGAAUAGAUGAGAUUUGUGACCACAAUGGCCAGAUGGAAGAUAUCUAUUCAGAAUUCAACAAAUGGUCUUUUGAAAGUAUCUGCCUGGUGCUGUAUGGAAAGCGGUUUGGCCUCCUGCAGCAGGACGUGGAAGAGGAAAGUCUGAACUUCAUCAAGGCUGUGAAAACGAUGAUGGCCACCUUCGGGAUGAUGAUGGUGACCCCUGUGGAGCUGCACAAGGGGCUCAACACCAAGGUCUGGCAAGCUCACACCAAAGCAUGGGAUGAUAUAUUCAAAACAGCCAAGCACUCCAUCGACAGCCGGCUGCAGAAGCACUCUGCCGACCCGCAGGGGGAUUUUCUGUGUGACAUCUACUCGGGGGGACAGCUGUCCAGGAAGGAGCUGUACGCUGCCAUCGCUGAGCUGCAGAUCGCCGGCGUCGAGACGACAGCCAACAGUUUGCUGUGGGCUCUGUACAACCUCUCCCGCAAUCCCUACGUCCAGCAGAAACUUUUCCAGGAAAUCCAGAGAGUUUUGGGUGCUCAGCAGAGCCCGAGUGCCGAGAGCCUGAGGAGCAUGCCCUACCUAAAAGCCUGUCUGAAAGAAUCCAUGAGAUUAACCCCAUCAGUGCCUUUCACCACCCGCACCAUCGACACAGAAAUGGUUCUGGGAAAUUACAUGCUGCCCAAAGGGACGGUGCUGAUGAUCAACAGCCACGCCCUGGGCUGCAGCGAGGACUAUUUCAGGGGCUGGGCAGAGUUCAGGCCCGAGCGCUGGCUGCACAGGGGCUCCAUCCACCCCUUCUCCCACGUGCCCUUCGGCAUCGGCAGGAGGAUGUGCGUGGGGCGCCGCCUGGCCGAGCUGCAGCUGCACCUGGCCCUCUGCUGGGUAAGCGCCCCAAAAAGGGAACUGGGGGGUUUGUCAUCCCGUGAGCACGGGCACAGCCCGGCACGCUCACUGUGGGCACAGCAGGCACAGCCUUCCCAAGGGAUUUUCCUGGGGAAGCAGUGAGAAAGCUCAGAGAAGAGAAAACGAUUCUUAUCUCUAUUUGUGCGCCUGUUGUUUGGCACAUGGGGAAUGUGUUAUGGGGUAUUUGCUGU